ACCGGCGGGCGGGCGAAGGGACCGCUCCCGGCAGGCCGGGGCUAUGCCGAGCGGGGCCGCCAGGCGUCCCUGUGGCAGGACUCCCGGCCCGUCUCGCCCGCCCCACCGCUCCCUGCUCCGGAGCUCGCUUCCCGUCCUCCCGGGGCGCGGCCGGCAGCCCGGCGCCAUGGGGCGGAAGAGGCCGCGGGCCGGGGCGCCCCCGGCUCAGGGCCGGGUGAUGUUUGAGGAGGUGGCUGUCUGGUUUUCCCGGGAGGAGUGGGAGAUGCUGGCAGACUGGCAGAAGGAGCUGUACCGGGCCGUGAUGCUGGAGAACUAUGAGAAUCUGUUUCUUCUAGGCCAUGCAGAUGCCAAACCUGAGAUGAUAACCAAGCUUGAACGAGGGGAAGAGCUGUGUGUCGGGGACCAGCAGGCCCCGGAGGGGAGAGAAAUUCUUCCAAGUGCUUCCAGGGUGGUUAGACAGGUAAUUCCCACCUCAUCAUGAUACAGAUUUCUAAUAUGAAGCCUAUCAUCUGUGC